ACGGACAAUAUCUUAAAAAAUCGCAAAAGUGAAGGAUUUUUUGAAAUAUUAAUUAAUCGACAUUUAACAAACAAUCACGUUAAGUUUCGUAAAUAUUUCCGAAUUAAUUAUGAACAAUUAAAUUUUUUAUUAUCUUUGGUGGAAGAAAAAUUAACUUUACCACCUAACAAUCAAGUUAAGAAUCCUAUAUCGCCGGCAGAAAAAUUAGCAGUUACUUUAAUAAUUAAGUUUGAAUUCUUUUUAAAUAGGUAUCUUGCCACUGGUGAAUCAUUGAGAUCAUUAGCAUUCGCUUUUCGUAUCAGUCAUAACUAUUUAAACAUAAUUAUAAAAAAAACACUAGCUGAAUUGAAAAUUAAAUUGAUGCCCAUUUUUUUGCCUGAUUCAAAAAAUAUUGAUUAUAAACAAAAAUCCGCAGAAUUUUCAUACAAAUGGAAUUUCCCAAAAUGUAUUUUAGCAAUUGAUGGAAAACAUGUCCGUAUACAAAGUCCAAGCAAUUCUGGGUCAUUAUUUCAUAAUUAUAAAGAUUUUUUUUCAAUUGUACUUCUGGCAAUGGUGGAUGCGAAUUAUAAAUUUGUUGCUGUGGAAAUUGAUUCUUUUGGUAAAGAAGGCGAUAGUAGCAUUUUUUUGUUCAAAGAAUUUUUUAAUAACGAAAGGGCUCUUUCUUGGCAACCAAAAUCAUAA